AUCAAAAUGGCAGACGUAGCCGUCGCAGCUCCCGCUGACAAGAGGGCACCUCCAAAAUUCAAGCAGAGGACCGUUCGCACCUUCAAGAGCAAGGCGCCCAAACCAGGCCAGAAGGGAUUCGGAGAUGACAUCCCCGGGAUGGAAGGUCUUGGCACAGACAUCACAGUGAUUUGCCCAUGGGAAGCCUUCGGAGACAUGGAGCUUGGCGACCUGGCAAAAUACGGAAUCAUUUAAACAUCUUGUCCUCUGCUCUUACCUCCUAAUGGCUCCUUUCUCAUUCAUGUUGACUGAACACCUGAAAAUGUACUUGUAUGCUCUAGAGAGGCAGCAAUUUUGAUGAGUUAGAGGUUUGACCUGAAAAAAAAAACAAACAAACAAACCCAGCACACUCUCUUGUCUUAUGCACUUUAUUUUAUUUCUAUUAUGCCCCUGCCUUUUCACCAAUUCUCCAUCAUCCUUGUAAUGAGUGGUGUCAGCAGCUCUGGACUUGAGCUUAUAUUUUCCACAGAGGAAAAAGGUACAUAUAAGGCACAUACUAUGAAAAAGGGUUUGAGAUCUGUUAUUGUGAUGUCCCAGCACUGUUUUGCUCUCCUCUUUGUCUACCUCCUCUC